CUUCCUUUAAACGAGUUGUUCCGCGAAGAAGAACGAAGUAGAAGAGGAAGAAGACGAAGAGGAAGAGUGAGUUCAGAGACGCUCGGCAGAGAUCAGCGUGGUGAGAAGAGAGCAGGAGAACCAGACCAAGAGACGUGAAACAAGCGGCACCGGACUUAAAUGACCACAUUUAAACGUUUGUUCUUGUUAAAGGAAAAGAGACUGACUGUCUCCAUCGUCAAAUCAGGAUGUUUGUUCUCAUCUGUGCGACUCUGCUCUUCUCUGUGAGACGCAUCACUGCUGCCACAGUGUGGAAGGAGGAACCCUGUAAAGAUGGAUCCUGUGUCACUUUCAGUGAAGGAGAAAUAAAAGCAGAGGCUGGACUCUGUGUGGUCAUACCGUGUUCUUUCAAAACUUCUAAUUCCAAACAGCUGGUGUUUUACAAAUGUGAACCAUCAAAACAAGAAUGUGCUAAUUCAGAAGUGAUAUUUCACUCCAACGCGAACCACACCAAAACUCAGCCCCGGUUUGUUGGACGAGUUUCACUGCUGCAGCCUGACCUGAGUCUGAAGAACUGCAGCAUCAUCAUCAAUGACCUCACUGAGUCAGACUCUGGAUCUUAUUGGCUCAGAUUACUGGACGUAAACAAGAAAACACGUCAUUCCUCUUCAAAAGUAAACAUCGCUGUGAAAGGUCUGACCCAGAAGCCCACAGUGGGGAUUCCUCCUCUGACAGAGGGGCAGCAGACCACACUGAGCUGCACUGCUCCUGGUCUCUGCUCUGGAUCGGAUCCUGAGAUCACCUGGACGUGGAGAGGAGCAGGAGAGAAGGACUCUCACAUCUCAGCAACCAUCACUGCUGUGAAGACCGAGCACCUGACUUCUGUCACACAGAGACGCAGCUCAACUUUGACCUUUAACCCUUCAGCUGAACACCACGGCACCAAUGUGACCUGUAAGGUCAGAUUCCCCAACUACGUCACUACAGAGGAGACGGUGACUCUGAAUGUGACCUAUAUGAAGAAACCUGUAAUCAGCGGAAACACAGCGGUUAAAGAAGGAGAUGUUCUCCGUCUGACCUGCAGUGGAGAUAGUUUCCCUCCAUCUCGUGUCACCUGGACUAAACUUCCAAUCAAAAAUGUCCUGCACAACGUGAGUGGAGCAGCAACUCUUCUCAUCUCUAAUGUGACAGCAGAGUGUUCUGGUCAGUACGUCUGUACAGCGGAGCAAAGGAUCACUAAUGUGACUACAGCUGCUGAAGUAACCGUGACGUUUUCUCCAAAGAUCAGUAAUCAAACCUCUGAUCAACAUGGACCGUGUGAAGAGCUUCCCUGGAUGGUGAUCGCUGUUGUUUCUCUCGUUGUGAACAUCAUCUGCAUGAUCCUCUUGAUGUUUCUCUGGAACACAAGGAAAAAAGUGACGCCAAACCAAGAGGACAGAACUUACAUGUCACUGCAGAAAACCCACCAAUCCCCAGAGUAUGAUGUCAUCGCUCGACCUCUGAACUAAGAAGCGUCAGCUUCCACUGAGGGAUCAACAAGAUGGUUCUUCUGUUCGUCCAUCAACAUGCAUGAAGGUUCAUGAAAAUGGUUCCUAGACUCCUUUUGAUUUAACUGUAAUCUAUAUCCCGCUUUGGACUGUUAUUAAUAUUAAAGUAGUCCCAUAAUGCAUGACUGUAAAUAAUCUUUGUUGAAACAUUGUAAUUUCUGGUUUUACUUAAUUAGUGAGUUCAUUGAUCGUAUCAGUAGAAGCGCUUUUCAAACCCACAACUUGUAUUUAAUUUUCACCACAUAUUUGAUUGAUGUUCUCAUAUUCUUUAAUUCAUGACCAAUAUAACAUGAUUUGAUUUGGAGAGGGUGUUUAUCACAGUUGGGGUAUCAAUGAUUAGGUGGCCCAGAAAUAAUGUGAU